UUUACGUCUUUUUUAGAGAUCUCCUUUCUUCAUGUUCUUCUUGGCAUCUUUGCAUAAACAUUGCAGGGCGACGCCACUGCAAUGCGCUGUGACGCCGGGCGUCGGUUUCAACUCAUCCCCCGCGCAGUUUCCACCCGUCAACCCCCUCGAUAAUUCGUCGGGGGCCACGAUGGCGCCACAGUAUCCGAUCGACAACAACGAAGUGAACGAAGGUGGUGGUUAUAUUUUCACGGGGAGACAAGAAUUAAUCAACAAAUAGGAUUCGGGAAGUCGUACGAAAAACACCGUAAAAAAAGUCUUGGUCGUCUCUAUAGCAACGUUUGGACCAACUACUGAAGGUGGUUUCAAAUUCACCCCCUCAUUUUCCAUGGUAGGGGAUCGUCGACGGGAAAACGACGAAACAGCGGAGUUCGGCGCCAAAUGUUUGCAAUCUGUAAACAAAACCUAGAUUUUCUUAUUCUUGAAGAUUGACGAAACCGGAAACCCACAAACAAAUAAAGCAAAAAGGAACCGAAUCGAAUAAAAUUUCUAAUAAUAAAGAAAAAACCUCGCUCAUCGAUUUUUUUAGACAAAUUUUUAUUAUUUUAUUUAGGAAAUUGUACGUGAAUGGCCAGAAUUUGUCGGGUACAACUGUGUUGUACUCAGGAAUCACGAACGUUACGUCUACUGCUGUACUCAUGACGACGCAAAUUUUAGUGAAAAGUUGCGAUGGUGGUCACGUGUGUCAUCCGCCGAAGGAAUGUUGUAAACAAGGAUGUUGUUAUUUGCCGGAUUACAACGUUUACAAACCUCCGGUUAUUCCAACCGGAAAUAUGUUUAAUCCCUUAUUUUUGGGUCAUUGGUAUUUUUGGGCGGCGAUUACGGCGACUUUAGCGGGAAUAGUAUGCGCUUGUUCGUUGUGGAAACGUCAUAACAACUCUUCCGGUUGUUGGUUUUUGUGUUGUCGCGAUUCCGGGAGGGAUGAACGGACGUCUCAACCAGAUUCGACUGGAUCAUGUUAUGCUCCGCCUCAAUACAGCAGAUGUAGUAGUUUUCAUCAAGCUCCUCCACCUUAUUCAGAGGUUGCUUCAAAACCGGAUCUUUAUCCUUUGGUGAUAAGUUACAAUGGUGAGCCAAUAAUAAAAAAUAACGGACAAUCAACUGGUUAUUUAAUGGUGCAAUAUUUUAGAAAUUUCAUUGUUAGACCAGUUGGAUCUCUUUCAGCAACGAGUACAAUUGACUCCUUAAGCUCUAGCUUUAUAUGUAACGCAACAAAUGAGGCCAAUAGUAUAAUUCCACCUCCGUAUUCUUGUACCGGGAGUUUAGAAGAGGUGAAUUCGAUAAAUAAUCAUUCGGUGGUGACGCAAAUUCCGGUUUCGACGACAUCAAACGAUCUUCGGCAACAACAACAACCAAAAACGAGUCCAAGUGUGCAUUCAUACGCAACAUCAACAAAUUUCGUUUGUACUUCUUCAACUUCAAGUAAUAAACCGGAAGUUACGUCAUCAAAUAAAGGAUUAGCAACGACAAUGGGAAAUAAGUCUGAUAAUUUUCAAUCGAGCACAAUUCAACAGCAGCAAGUUGUAGUCAAUAAAAAAUUGCAUAUUAACGGCGGUAUUGUUAAGAAUUCGAGCGUUGACUCGGAAAGUCAAGAAGAUGAUCAUAAUUUCUCCGAUUUACUUAAUUUAUCCGUUUGUUUGCCAAGUAGUGUUAUUCAUUUACCAUCUGGUAUGCAAUCGAAUGCGAUUCAUGAACAAAAUUACAGCGUAACAAAUAGCAUGACAAGUUCCGAUAUCAGUAGUUUAGCUAAUUUGGGGACGCCGGAUUCGCCACCUCGCGCAACAUCUCCAACGGUGGAAAUGCGCGAAUUAUUAGAUAAAAUUCAACAAUUACCGCAACACAAAAGCCCCCCGCUCAUACCGGAAACCCCGUUUCAUCAACCUCGGAUGAAGUUAUAUUUUAAUCGAACGAAAGCAAAAACUCUUUAUAUGCCUUUACAAAACGGCACUAAUAACGUUUUUCAGACGAAGAUAUCCCCAAAAACAAAUUGUUCGAGUUCUUGUGGGAUUUUUUCAAAAACUUCGUGGCUUUCGCGAUCAGCCCCAAACACACCGUGCGGAAAUUUUGUACCGAGUUUUUCAGUACCAAAAAAACCUGGGAGUCAUAAAGGAAGUAAAGUAAAAAUUAAUAAAGACGGAAGUCCACUUUUAAGAACUAAUAAAGAAGAUUCGGAUGAGGAUAACCAAUCGUUAAAGGACGAAAGAUUAUGAUCAUUCAAGGGGGUUGAUUUAUUAUAUUAUAAUAAAAACAAUAAAAUUUUUUAUUUAUUUAGCUACGUGUAAUAAUAAUAAAAUAAUAUUUUGGGUAAAUCUCAAAAAGAAAAUGCUAAAAGUGUACUUACGAAUCAAAAGAAAUUACUGUAAAAAACGAAUUUGAAUGCCCCCAAUUUAAAAUAUUAAAAGAAAUCAAUAAAAAUAAAUUUGUGUAGAUGGAAAAAACUCAGUACAAAACUACGACAGGUUGAAGUUAUACAGCGGAAGUUUAACAUGAAAAUAAAAGAUAAAUAAUAAAAAAAAACCUUCGGAAGUCCUCGCUAUUUUUUGUUGGUAAAAUGAACAAAAAUAAAAAAAAAAAACAGGUUAGUUAUAACGUGAAGAAGAAAAAGAUGAUUGUUACGUGUUUUAACGCUAAAUGUAAUUUUUUAUUAAUGAUGUCAAAGCGUUUAAUAAUGUAUUAAUAAAAAUUAUACAAACGUA